AUGGACAAGAGUUUUGAGCGUUGUUUGGCUUUUAUUGUAGGGAAGGAUUUUGGAGCUCUGUCUGCAUACCGAAUAGGUGUCCUCCACCCAGAGCGGGUAUCUGCAAUCAUAACACUAGGAACACCUUUCAUUCAACCAGGUCCCUCUGUUGUCCAAAAUCAUCUCCUCCCCGAAGGUUUCUACAUAUCAAGGUGGCAGGAGCCGGGGCGGGCAGAAGCAGAUUUUGGCCGCUUUGAUGUGAAGACAGUGAUAAGGAACAUUUACAUUCUCUUCUCUAGAAGUGAGAUCCCAAUAGCUGCUGCUGAUCAAGAAAUCAUGGACUUGAUUGACCCUGCUACUCAUCUGCCACCAUGGUUUUCCGAGGAAGAUCUCUCUGUCUAUGCAUCUUUAUAUGAGAAAUCUGGAUUCAGUUUUGCACUGCACGUUCCCUAUAGAAAACUAAAAGUGGAUCGCAGUUUGAUUGAUCCGAAAGUGUCAGCUCCAUCACUGCUUAUCGUGGGUGAGAAGGAUUACAGCUUAAAGAUGCCGGGAGUGAACAACUACAUACGGACCGGGGCAAUGAAGCAUCUUGUGCCCGAUUUGGACGUUAAAUUCAUUGAAGAAGGGACUCAUUUUAUGCAUGAACAAUAUCCGGAUCAAGUUAAUCAGCUAAUCAUUGCCUUCCUUGGCAAACAUGGUGCAUGAUGCAGAUGCUUAGUGUGCCUGAGGAACAAUAAUAAUCCAUGAGAGAAGAAUAAUGUCAUGUAUGCAUGGUAUAUGCUAAAAAGACUGGGCCUUAUUAACUUUUGGUUUCUAGAAUCUCACUGGCAAAGGA